AUGAAGAAGAGGGUGAGGAGGAUGAAGAAGAGGGUGAGGAGAAUGAAGAAGAGGGCGAGGAGAAUGAAGAAGAGGGUGAGAAGCAUGAAGAAGAAAGCAUACAGGGACAGAGAGAUGAACAGCCAGAGGGACAGCAAGUGGAUCCAUGUGGAUCAAGUACUGCACCAUCAGGUUUGUGAUGAGGAAGGUUCUUACUAUUUGCAAAGCAAUGCAAUUACAAUGUAAUGGUAGGCCUGCUGGGUGUCCUUAAAAUGCUGCUUUCUGCUGUUAAUUCUUUUUUGUGUCAAUAUGGCUCUGUUUUUUUUUUAAAGUAAAUACUUUGCCUACAUUUUGAAAUACAUGCAGAUAUACAGUAAAUAAAUGUUGUAGUUGUGCCCUAUGUUUACUGUCCAUCUUCUUCAGAUAUCAGCAAGUCUAAGUAUGACGUACCAGUACAGCCGAACUUGAAGAUAUUCCCAACCACACUGAUGGGGGACAGAAGACGAAGCUUCAGACCAAACUGGUACACUACUCAUCCAUGGCUUGAGUAUUCUGUAAUGACGGACUCUACAUGUUGCUAUGCAUGUAGACAUUUUAGCACACCAAAUGCCCCAGACACCGUUUUUGUUUCAACACCUGGUUUUACAAACUGGAAAAAGGCAACUAUGAGAAAUGCAGGGUUUUCACUACAUGCAAAGUCUGAACGACACAAGUGUGCAAUGAUCGCAUGGAGGGAUUAUCAAAGAGCUGUUAGAACUGACGCAACACUAACAGAUCUCCUUGACAAAGAACACACUAAACAAGUACAAGAAAAUCAGGCAUACAUUAAAACAGUUGGGGAAGUGCUGUUGCUUACAGCUACACAAAACAUAGCACAAAGAGGACAUGAUGAAUCUGAAGGGUCCACUAACAAAGGAAACUUUAGGGAAAUUCUUAACACAGUUGCUAACCACGACCAACUUGUUAAGAGAAGAUUAACUUCCAUUCACAAUGCAAAGUACACAAGCAAGAUCAUCCAGAAUGAGGUUUUGGGUUGUUUGGCAGAAAUGGUUCGGUCUGAAAUCAUAGAAGAAGUGAAGAAAAGUGAGGUUUUUAGCGUCAUGGCAGAUGAAACAAAGGAUAUUUCAAAAAAAGAACAGAUGUCCUUCACACUCAGGUACUAUUACAAUGGGGCCAUUAAGGAGAGUUUUCUCCAUUUUGAAUCUGCAGAGAGGUUAGAUGCAGCAGGGCUUACUGGAAAAAUAGUACACUUACUGGAACGUUAUGGCCUGGACUACAAAAAUAACCUCGUAGGCCAAGCGUACGAUGGCGCUGCCGUUAUGAGCGGUAAGCAUUCAGGGGUUCAGGCAAGGAUCAAAGAACAGGCUAAAUUUGCCUUCUACGUCCAUUGUAGUGCUCAUUGUCUGAAUUUAGUGUUAGUUGAUGUAGUCAAAAGUGUCCCAGAAACGGAGGAGUUUUUUUCUUUGUUACAGAGUCUUUAUAUGUUUACUUCUUCCUCAUAUGUGCACCCAAAAUGGCUGUCUCUCCAAAGAGAAAUGUAUGGCAGAACCAGAGAGCUGCAACGUUUAAGCGACACACGUUGGUCAAGCCGAUUUCUAGCCCUACGUAAUAUCAUGGACACUCUACCUGCCCUUAAACGACUACUGCAAGAGAUUGCUCAAGAACGUCAUGGUGAAAGAACUGUUGAGGCCCGAGGUCUUCUUGCUCAAAUUGACCUAGAAUUUGUUGUGCAUCUUGUUACUCUGCGUAAGUUGUUUGGGGAGACAAAGCUAUUGUCUGACAUGUUACAGUCACAAACUGUUGAUCUGUCAAGUGCUGUUGACUUAGUAAAUGCUUUAGUCCUGACAUUGAAAGACCACAGGCAGGAGUCUUUCUUUGAUGAGUUGUGGGAUGAAGCAUUGAAUAUUUGUGAGCAGUGUGAUUCUGCAACAAGGUCAGUGGCGAAACGUCAGAAAAUGCUGAGCUCUAGACUCAGUGGCUACUGCACGCUAAGCACUGUUGGUCAGAGGGAGGUAGAACGUGACAAAGAUAUGUUUCUCACAUCAUUUUUCUAUCCUGUAAUUGACAGCAUGCUCAAUGAGUUGAACAGACGUUUCUCCAAUACAAACUGUGAGCUCAUGAGAAGCAUACAGUCUCUCAGUCCCCAGAGUGAUACCUUUUUAAAGGAGAGCAAUGUUUUUUCAUUUGGCCGUUUGUAUAAUGCAGACAUUGAUGAUUUAGGGCAUGAGCUCCAUCAAUUUAAGAGAGUUUUGGACAGAAAAAUACAGAGUGGUGAAGUCAAAAAGCCAUGCAGUACAGUUGAGCUGGUUUGUUUUAUUGAGCCAUACAGGGAAGUUUUCUUUGAGCUCUUUAGACUGUGCAAGAUUGCUGUAACCCUUCCUGUAAGCUCAGCCUCUUGCGAACGCAGUUUCUCCACACUGAAACUGAUAAAAACCUUCCUGCGGUCCACCACUAGUGAUGAGAGACUCAGUGAUCUUGGUGUCCUGAGCAUAGAGUCCAGAAGGGCCAAGGCUCUGGAUCUUGAUGUAUUUGUGGACCAUUUUGCCAGACAGCACAACCGCCGUAUCCUGUUGCUGUAGUGUAUCUAUAUGAUAUAUACGCUAGUAGCGUAUGAGUGCCGCUGUGAGGAAAAAGAGAUAUAAUGAACAAUAAAACAACAAGCUUGAGCUUCUUAAGACACGGUGGGUUUAUCUGUUCUCAAUACCACCGGUAAAAUGAAUGGAGUUAGUCUGGUGUCCACAUGAAGUUACGUGUGUAGACAAAGAGUCUGGUGUCCAUAUGAAGUUACAUGUGUAGACAGAGACAGUCUGGUGUCCACAUGAAGUUACGUGUGUAGACAGAGACAGUCUGGUGUCCAUAUGAAGUUACAUGUGUAGACAGAGACAGUCUGGUGCCCAUAUGAAGUUACAUGUGUAGACAAAGAGUCUGGUGUCCAUAUGAAGUUACAUGUGUAAACAGAGACGGUCUGGGGUCCAUAUGAAGUUAGAUGUGUAGACAAAGACAGUCUGGUGUCCACAUGAAGUUACAUGUGUCUACUUAGAUGAACCCACCGUGUCUUAAGAAGCUGAAGCUUGUUUUAUUUUUCAUUUUACAUCAUCUAUCUUUUUUUCCUCACAGUACCAGUAGUUCCACACACUACUAGAGUGUAUGUAUGUUUGUAUGUAUAUAUAUCCCACCAAUCCUCUCUCAAGAGGUUUUCAAAAAGGGGCAAACUCAUGUCUCAAGACCUGCUUCUGUUGGUUCCCCUCUCCUGCCUGUAACUUUCCAUCCACAUCCCCAAAGUUUUGUGGCCCAUUAUGACAUCACUCCAUUAAGUGAUUGCUGCAUGUACUGCUCUAAGGAAACACUUCUCUCUCUCUCUCUCUCUCUCUCUCUCUCUCUCUCUCUCUCUCUCUCUCUCUCGAUAGAUAGAUAGCGUUUAUGAUUUUAUUCUUUUGAAUUAUCUCUGCCAAACAUCUAUGUACUACAAAUCUUCAAGCUCCACAGAUGUUUUAUGGCAUCCACUAAACCUCUUUAGAUAUUUGUAAAUUAUACAGUGUGAUACCUUUCAACUAAAGUUUAUUUUAUUUUUUACCAACUAUGAUUUUUCCUUUUGAAAACAAGCAAAGCAAGAAAAAAAAGAAACAAAAUCACUCCAAUCAUUGCACACUUGUGUCGUUCAGACUUUGCAGGUCCAGCUUUGACAUGAUGAUCUAACUAACACUAAUAUUGUAACUAAUAUUGUAACUGAAAUAUGUAUGAUCCUAUGAUGAGCGAUUGCUUACUUCCCCUUCACUCUUAAAAAAUUACUGAAAAAAAAUGUGUAUAAAAAGGUAUAUGUAGUAUAUGUUUGUUUAGUGAGCAUUCAUGCUGUCAUUUUUUCCUAAUGUGAACUAUGGUGGAAAUGUGCUGUCCUAAAUGGACUUGCCCAUAUAUGUUGUAAAGCCUUUUUUUGUACACCUGCUCAUCAACUGACAGUGAAGUACACAAAGACACAGACACACACACACACACACACACACAGACACCUGUAAUAUUCUUGUUUUCAUGUUGUUGCUGAUAUCCAUCAGUGUUGUUCAUAUUGCUACAUUGUGUUGACAUGAUUGUUGCUUUUAAACGAAUGUUAACUUAAUGUUUAUUGUCUGCAUCCUAUUGGACUACUGGAUGUUAAUGUGUAACACGUUUUCCUGUUUAUGUGCUUUAGCAAUACUGUAUGUCAAUAUGGUCAUGCUAGUAAAGCCUCUUUGAAUUGAAUUUCUUUUCUGAUUUGGUUUAUUUUACCUAAAUGGAUACAGGGUAGUGUGUUUUGUUUAUAAAUCACUCAGAAAGUUUUCUUUCUUAAAACAAAAUGGGGAAUCAACUGUCCACAGUAGUGGGGCUUCCAUAAAUAGGAAAUGGCACAUUGUUGUACCCUUUGUUGUAUCCUGGAGUUUUGUUCACAUUGAAUAUGAACCCUGUAUUUGUACCCUGUACUUUUUUUUUUUUUUUUUUUUUUUUUCAUUUUAUGGCACUAUCUCUCUUGCAUCUGCACUCUUGUACAAAAUACGUGUUAUAAUAAAUGUCAUAUGAUUUUAAAGUAAAAUAAAGUUUAUAAUCUUUGAAUAUCAUGUGUUGCCAGUUUUUUUAUGUGUGCCCCCCUGAUUAAACACUGGCCCCUCCUUGGCCCCCCUAGUAAAAUGUGUCUAGAACCGCCACUGGUUAGGCCCAUCAUGAGCAUCUCUAUAUUUUUCCUGUUGCUUAAUUGUUUGAAACCUGGACGUUUUACUUCAUAUUAUCAGGCAUGUCUUACCUUGCUUCAAAGUAGCCUAUAGCCAAAAUCCCACCAUAGAAACGUGGAGACAAUUAUUUCUAUGAAGACUUACUCAUAUGCGUUCUCCUGUUCUAUUGGUUGUCAACUUUAUUUCAUUGUCUAGUUGGCAAGGGCAUUAUCCGAAUCAUAUUAGCAACCCAUGAUAGUUGUUGCAUCUUUAUUCCCAUCACUUGUCCAUGAAACCGCUUGCAUGUGCGGUGCGCAUUUUAGAACAGCGUUUUUCCCGCAAAUUGCAUUUUGGAACGUUCACGCGUGCCUACGAUACUAUGUACUAUACUACCGUGUGUACAUUUCUGCGGCUAAACGGUGAAGAAAUAAUAGUUUAUCAACAUUUGAAGCAAAACAUUCCGAUCUGUUCCAUCAGCCCUAUUCAUUUACACGGCAUAUACCUCCACUACACUACUUUGAUAAGCAUCAGUGGGGAUUAACAAGGGAGUAUACGCAAUGCCCACUGAAAAACAAGUGGGUAUACAUUUUACAUUUUAGUCAUUAGCAGACGCUCUUAUCCAGAGCGACUUACAGUUAGUGAGUGCAUACAUUUUCAUACUAUACCCUCCACUACGGCUGCCUCCUGGGUGUGAGCCAGGUGCCCAGUUCAAAGCCCACGUAACGUAAUUAGCACGGAGUAAUGAGUAGGAUUCUGUUUCCACAUGCAAAAGUGACUGUUUUUGAUAAACACGCUUUAUCUGCCUUCCCAAUGAAAAGUAGUUCGAAAAUUCAAACAUAUAUUUUAUGGAAAAAUACAAUGCUGCCUUGUUGACAACAUCACCGAGCCGCGCAGAUUACUCUUCGAUUUGACACCGCGCUCCUCCCUCAGUGCUUUUGCCGUCACAUCACGGGCCUUCUAGACCGGUGCCGCGCGGCUUUGCAUAAUCGAAUCCGCCCAAUGUCAACGAUAUCAUGCUCUCUGGUGCUGCAAAAAACAUGAAAAUCAGUUGGACUUUAUGAAGGAUCUCCAUUGAUUGGCUUACUUAUUUUUCUCAUGAAAGUACUUUGUUUGGACUACUAGGCGACUGCCUCGUCAAACACGAGAUAGACUGAGGCACCUUAGCAGGGUUGGAUCUCCCGGUUGUUGACAGCAGCAGAGAAAGUCGAUAUUUUGUCGCAGCUGCAGAGGUAAGUGUUACAAUUUCACUUUAUAUUUAGCCGACUCUAAAUAACCUCAUUGGCACAUAGUAUAGUCAUUAUACCAUUAUACCAUAGUAGUCUGAAACAUGUUUCCAUAGAAUAUAAAAUAAUUUUGGCAAUGGCUCUCCGAAUUACAUGUGAUCAAAUCUUCGAGACAGAUUUUUUUGGGCAUGAGUUAAUGACCUUAAAGGGGAAUUCUGCGAUCGAUAGCUAGUUGUCUACAUCAUUUCUUAAACUUUUAAAUUCACGAUAUAAACACAUUAAUUCUUGAAGAAAAUAACGUAUAAAUCCUAAUGAGCUCAGUUCAACUGUCGUACCUCAUCAGAACCCAAGCUUGUUUUACUCCAUUGUUUGUAAACAAAGUAAAUGUAAACAAACACUAUAUAGCCUCAAAACAUGUUUAAAACUAGAAUAUUGUUAUGGUCAUCCAUAACUUUGUCUAUGAAUUUGAGAGUGGAUACAUUUCUCCAGGCCUACCCUCAGUUGUUUACCCAAACAGUUGUGGGGUAACUCCUAUGUUAUUGUUUGAACAGCAGACUCCCCCUUUAAACCACAUCGCUAUUUUAACCUGUUAACAACAUGAAGUGGCCUAUUAUUGCUAUUCAAUAACCUUCAGUGUGUCAUGAUGAAUGGUGGGGGAUUUGUUGUCCUAUUGCUGUAAUUCGGAUAAACAGGAAAUCCUGUUUUGGUGAGGCACUUUAGAGCACCAUGUUGAUAAAGCCAACCCUCGAGUUGCUAUUUUCUCACGCACACACACCUUGUUUGAGAUGCAAUAAUAUUUGAUUAGGAACAGUAAGGACUAUGUUGUGCAUGUGGAGUACAGUACCCACUCAGUUUUACAGCUUUCCAUUCCUCUAGCUCUACCUUCUGUCCGAGACAUGUUUAGGCUACUCAGUGUUUCCCAUUUCCCUUAAUCAAAUCAAAUCACAUUUUAUUGGUCACAUAGACACGUGUUUAGCAGAUGUUAUUGCGGGUGUAGCGAAAUGCUUGUGUUUCUAGCUCCGACAGUGCAGUAUAUCUAACAAGUAAUAUCUAACAUUUAUAUGCAUUUAGCCGUGGCAUUUAUCGUGGACCCCUGCUAACUCUGCCAACGUUGCUGAAUAAAUUCCUAGGGGAAACACUGUUAAUUAUUAAUAAAAUACAUGGCUGAUGAAUGAUAUACAGUUGGUGCUAUUACAGUGUUCUCUAUAUAACACCUCACUGCAGGAGAAUAGUGUGUGUGUGUGUGUCUGUCUGUCUGUCUGUCUGUCUGUCUGUCUGUCUGUCUGUCUGUCUGUCUGUCUGUCUGUCUGUCUCUCUCUCUGUCUGUCUGUCUGUCUGUCUGUCUGUCUGUCUGUCUGUCUGUCUGUCUGUCUGUCUGUCUGUCCGUGUCUGUCUGUCUGUCUGUCUGUCUGUGUACACCUGUGUGUGCAUCUUUUGUGAUGGAAAGCAUAAUACGUGUAUAGUGACCACAGCAGUGUUUCCAGUAAAGGUCCUGUUGGAUCGGACCACAUCAGACAUUAGUCAGGGUCCUGUGGGUGCUUUCUCUGGCUCCACUGGCACAGACACAGUUGACAUAGAGGAUGGAGGGAGAUUGAGAAGCAGUGUGUAUUCUAUGUUAACCGCCUCUCUCCUGGUCUGGUGGGCGUAACGUUCAUUCAGGGAUGGACGAACUAUACAGGUUGGUGCCAAUGCUACAGAUGGUGGAUUUGGGGAGUUCCUCACCUACAGAAUAUAGUGCUUUGAGACCUGGUGAGGAAUACAAAUACAAUCCGUUAACAUGGUUUGUUAUUGGCCAGAGUUAACUGUCCUGCAUGUCUCUGUAGUUUACUGACGGUCCUUUCACCAGCUGCACAUUCACUUCCUCCUCGCCUUGCGAAACCAUGACAACUUCUGCCACGGUGACAGAGGUUAAAUAAAGGUGAAAUAAAAAAAUAAAAAAAUAAUAAUAAUUUAAAAAACGGUGACAGAGGUAUCUGUACGAACCCCUUAACAGAGAGGGUCUUCUUUAGAGCAUACGUGCCUAAACACCCCUGGAGGAUCUCCUUUAGGCUGGAACUGAAAGUCAGUAGCUGUAAGACUGCAUGGGUUUGGAGACUAAACAUAAGUCGUUUGAAGAAUUGAUAUUGAGCUACAGUACAUGAUUAAUAAGUAGUUUGAAGAAUUGAUAUUGAGCUACAGUACAUGAUUAAUAAGUAGUUUGAAGAAUUGAUAUUGAGCUACAGUACAUGAUUAAUAAGUAGUUUGAAGAAUUGAUAUUGAGCUACAUGCUGAAUAAGCUGGUCUACUCACCAUGAUAUCAGAUAGAUGGCUUGAUGUUGCACUCAGCAGAGCAGACCUCUGUCAGGACACUCAGCAGAGCAGACCUCUGUCAGGACACUCAGCAGAGCAGACCUCUGUCAGGACACUCAGCAGAGCAGACCUUUGUCAGGACACUCAGCAGAGCAGACCUCUGUCAGGACACUCAGCAGAGCAGACCUCUGUCAGGACACUCAGCAGAGCAGACCUCUGUCAGGACAUUCAGGAAAACUGCUGCUUCUGUGCAUCAGAUCUGAUUUGAGCCUCUUUCCAGUCACUCCAUGUUCCCCUAACUGUGUCACCCCAGGGGGAGAAGCCAGCUCUGAAGCCAGUAAUCCGUAAUGGUGGGUUAUUGUUUGUUGUAAUAUUGACCCAGAGUAGCACACAGACAUCUGGACGCAACUUCUUAUCUUGAAGCGUUGGUGUCCCCACUGGGUUAGGUGAGGGUCAGAUAAACCCUGGCAACUUCCACUUUUCCCGUAUGUCAAUUUUAGAGUUAUGCUUCCUCUGUCCUGGGUAUGUUUCUAUGGUUACAAUGUCUGUCUCCAGAUUGAUUGAUGAUGUAAAUUGAUUGAAUCAGAUAUGGCCUUGGCUUUAAAUGGCUUGUCAAGUGUGUGUGUGUGUGUGUGUGUGUGUGUCUGAGAGCCGUAGACAGGGUGACCGCCCCCUCUCAUCCAUCCAGUAAAACCACAGACUGAAGACAGGGUGACCGCCCCCUCUCAUCCAUCCAGUAAAACCACAGACUGAAGACAGGGUGACCGCCCCUCUCAUCCAUCCAGUAAAACCACAGACUGAAGACAGGGUGACCGCCCCUCUCAUCCAUCCAGUAAAACCACAGACUGAAGACAGGGUGACCGCCCCUCUCAUCCAUCCAGUAAAACCACAGACUGAAGACAGGGUGACCGCCCCCUCUCAUCCAUCCAGUAAAACCACAGACUGAAGACAGGGUGACCGCCCCUCUCAUCCAUCCAGUAAAACCACAGACUGAAGACAGGGUGACCGCCCCUCUCAUCCAUCCAGUAAAACCACAGACUGAAGACAGGGUGACCGCCCCUCUCAUCCAUCCAGUAAAACCACAGACUGAAGACAGGGUGACCGCCCCUCUCAUCCAUCCAGUAAAACCACAGACUGAAGACAGGGUGACCGCCCCUCUCAUCCAUCCAGUAAAACCACAGACUGAAGACAGGGUGACCGCCCCCUCUCAUCCAUCCAGUAAAACCACAGACUGAAGACAGGGUGACCGCCCCCUCUCAUCCAUCCAGUAAAACCACAGACUGAAGACAGGGUGACCGCCCCUCUCAUCCAUCCAGUAAAACCACAGACUGAAGACAGGGUGACCGCCCCUCUCAUCCAUCCAGUAAAACCACAGACUGAAGACAGGGUGACCGCCCCUCUCAUCCAUCCAGUAAUACCACAGACUGAAGACAGGGUGACCGCCCCUCUCAUCCAUCCAGUAAAACCACAGACUGAAGACAGGGUGACCGCCCCCUCUCAUCCAUCCAGUAAUACCACAGACUGAAGACAGGGUGACCGCCCCCUCUCAUCCAUCCAGUAAAACCACAGACUGAAGACAGGGUGACCGCCCCUCUCAUCCAUCCAGUAAAACCACAGACUGAAGACAGGGUGACCGCCCCUCUCAUCCAUCCAGUAAAACCACAGACUGAAGACAGGGUGACCGCCCCCUCUCAUCCAUCCAGUAAAACCACAGACUGAAGACAGGGUGACCGCCCCUCUCAUCCAUCCAGUAAAACCACAGACUGAAGACAGGGUGACCGCCCCUCUCAUCCAUCCAGUAAAACCACAGACUGAAGACAGGGUGACCGCCCCCUCUCAUCCAUCCAGUAAAACCACAGACUGAAGACAGGGUGACCGCCCCUCUCAUCCAUCCAGUAAAACCACAGACUGAAGACAGGGUGACCGCCCCUCUCAUCCAUCCAGUAAUACCACAGACUGAAGACAGGGUGACCGCCCCUCUCAUCCAUCCAGUAAUACCACAGACUGAAGACAGGGUGACCGCCCCUCUCAUCCAUCCAGUAAAACCACAGACUGAAGACAGGGUGACCGCCCCCUCUCAUCCAUCCAGUAAAACCACAGACUGAAGACAGGGUGACUGCCCCUCUCAUCCAUCCAGUAAAACCACAGACUGAAGACAGGGUGACCGCCCCUCUCAUCCAUCCAGUAAUACCACAGACUGAAGACAGGGUGACCGCCCCUCUCAUCCAUCCAGUAAUACCACAGACUGAAGACAGGGUGACCGCCCCUCUCAUCCAUCCAGUAAAACCACAGACUGAAGACAGGGUGACCGCCCCCUCUCAUCCAUCCAGUAAAACCACAGACUGAAGACAGGGUGACCGCCCCUCUCAUCCAUCCAGUAAAACCACAGACUGAAGACAGGGUGACCGCCCCCUCUCAUCCAUCCAGUAAAACCACAGACUGAAGACAGGGUGACCGCCCCCUCUCAUCCAUCCAGUAAAACCACAGACUGAAGACAGGGUGACCGCCCCUCUCAUCCAUCCAGUAAAACCACAGACUGAAGACAGGGUGACCGCCCCUCUCAUCCAUCCAGUAAAACCACAGACUGAAGACAGGGUGACCGCCCCUCUCAUCCAUCCAGUAAAACCACAGACAGAAGAGGAGGCAGCAGCAUUAGUCUUUGAUUAGGCUGAGGAAAAUAUGCCUUCCUCGCAUGGUCAGGGAUUUAAUCAGAGAAUUUCAUUAUAGUGUGUGUGUGUGUGUGUGUAAUCACUGUGCAUGAGAAAGAGCAAAUGAAAGAUGAGGCUUAAUGUUAUCUUGUUGAAAUAUCUGAUGUGUCUGGUUUGGAAGAUAAGGCUUAAUGUUAUCUUGUUGAAAUAUCUGAUGUGUCUGGUUUGGAAGAUAAGGCUUAAUGUUAUCUUGUUGAAAUAUCUGAUGUGUCUGGUUUGGAAGAUAAGGCUUAAUGUUAUCUUGUUGAAAUAUCUGAUGUGUCUGGUUUGGGUCACGUGAUCAUGCGGUUUAUAAAUAAGUAAGUGUGUGGCACUGCGUGUGUCUGGGUGUGUAAUCUUGGCAAGCACACACACACACACACACACACACACACACACACACACACACACGUGACGUGUGUCUGACAGCUUCUGCAGUGUGUGAGUUUGCACCUGUCUCUGCUUUCUGAGAAUUCACUGGCGCAGACACACCACACGCACACACACGCACACACGCGCACACACACACACACACACACACACACACACUAGGUGGGCAAUCUGGAGCUUUUUAUUGGAAAUGCACACACUCUUUGGGGAUGUUUCCAUUAAAAUGAAACGAUUUGUGCAAACACUUUGCCCAAAGGCCAUGGGGGCUUUAGGGGGCUGGUGAUGACACACACAUUCACAGAGUGAGAGAGAAAGAGAGAGAGGGGGGAGAGAGAGAUGGGGGAGUGUAGAUAAUAGCCUGGUGAUUGCAGUUUGCUCCUCAGUGAUGGAGGUUAAUCAGCUGCCAGGAAAUUGGUACUUCAGCCAUCACACUCACACUCACACACACACACAUACACACACACACACACACACACACACACACACACACUGUGAUAUGGAAUAUUGGCACUCCCUUUCCUUCCCCCUCACUUGUCAUUCAUGGUAUGAAAUGUUGUGAAACCAUGCGUCACUGUUCAGACAAUAGAAGCCUAGUAUGUUUGUUGGAGAUUGGCUUUGGAAGGCAGCUCUAGCGAUCUAAAACUUGCCCACGUGUGGUUUGGACGAAGAGAGAUGUGGGUGAUAAUGAUGAUCUUGAUGUUGAUGGUGAAGGGGUUAGGAUAAGAGGUUGAUGGUGAAGAAGAUAAGAGAUUGAGGGUGAAAAGGCUAGGAUAAGAGAUUGAUGUUGAUGGUAAAGGGGCUAGGAUAAGAGAUUGAUGUUGAUGGUGAAGGGGCUAGGAUAAGAGAUUGAUGUUGAUGGUGAAGGGGCUAGGAUAAGAGAUUGAUGUUGAUGGUGAAGGGGCUAGGAUAAGAGAUUGAUGUUGAUUAUGCAACAUCUUGAAACCACAGACGUACAAUCCAAGAGUCGGUAGUGGGGGGCUGACAGACAGACAGACAGACAGACAGACAGACAGACAGACAGGCAUUCCCACUGCUAAACUACUUUAGGCUGGGUUUGAUCCACAGGUUUGGACCAGUACACCAAUAUAUGCAUACAAUUUAGCAGACUCUUUAUCCAAAACGACUUACAGUCAUGCGUGCAUAAUUUUUUUUACAUAUGGAUGGUCCCAUAGCACACUGCCAGAAAUUAGGGAUUAUAUUAGUUACUAUAUUAGCAAAUGAGUUAAUACAUGAAAACACUAUAUUCUCCAACACCACCUGGUGGAGAGUACAGGUAUACUGAGAUGAAGAGGACAGCUGUUGGAAGGGGGGGGGGGGGAUACAUCUCUCUCAGGGUUGUAGUGGCUAGCGAUUAGUGCUUUUUGAGGUCUGUUCGGUUUAGGUUCGAUUAUUGAAAAAUAUUCAAGCAUUUACUAAAUGUACUGAAUAAGAUUCACAUUCUUUAAAUCUUUUACCCAGAUUUUAGCAGAUUUGAUUUGAUUUAUUAGGAUCCCCAUUAGCCGACGCCGAUGGCGACAGCUAGUCUUACUGGGGUCCGACAUUUAACAAAAAAUAUAUUACAGACAAAAUACUUUACAAUUUACAUACAUUUAAAAACAUUAACAUGUAGGGUGUGUGUGUGUGUGUGUGCAUCUAUCAGUUACACAUACAUGUCAGUACACAUACACAACAAGUAGGUCACAUGGGGGAGAGGCGUUGUGCCAUGACGUGUUGCUUUAUUUGUUUUUUGCAACCAGGUUUGCUGUUCACUUGCGCUAUAUAAGAUGGAAGGGAGUUCCAUGGCUCUGUAUAAUACUGUACGUUUCCUUGAAUUUGCUCUGGAGCGGCGGACUGUGAAAGUCCCCUGGUGGCAUGUCUGGUGGGGUAAGUGUGUGUGUAAGUUGACUAUGCAAACAAUUUGGAAUUUACAACACAUUAAUGUUACUUAUAAAAAUAAGAAGUGACACAGUCAGUUUUUCUUCAACUCUUAGCCAAGAGAGACUGGCAUGCAUAGUAGUUAUAUCAGCCCUCUGAUUACAAUGAAGAGCAAGACGUGCCGCUCUGUUCUGGGCCAGCUGCAUCUUAACUAGACCACAUGACUGGACAAUAAUCAAGAUGAGACAAAACUAGAGCCUACAGGACUUGCUUUGUGGAGUGUGGUGUCAAAAAAGCAGAGCAUCUCUUUAUUACGGACAGACCUCUCCCCAUCUUUACAACCUUUGAAUCUAUAUGUUUCGACCAUGACAGUUUACAGUCUAAGGUAACACUAAGUAAUAUAGCCCCCUCAACUUUGUUUAAUGCCAGUGGCAGGUCAUUGGUGAAAAGAGUAGAGGGCCUAGAGAGCAGCCCUGCGGUACACCACACUUUACAUGUUUGACAUUAGAGAAGCUUCCAUUAAAGAAAACCCUCUGAGUUCUAUUAGAUAGAUCGGUCUGAAUCUACUAUAUGGCAGAGGUUGAAAAGCCAUAACACAUGUUAUGGUCAAUAAUAUCAAAGGCUGCACUGAAAUCUAACAGUACAUCUCCCCAAAUCUUCUUAUUAUCAAUUUCUUUCAACCAAAGUCUGUUGUAAAUUUUUUUUACAAAGAAGUAGCAUUUUAUUUGGUCAAACACCAUUUUUUCCCCAAUGCUUUGCUAAGAGCUGGCAGCAAGCUGAUAGGUCUGCUGUUAGAACCAGUAAAGAGGUAUGCUUAGAUAUGCAGAAAGAUACAUAUAUUUUUUACAUAGAAUUAAGCAUAAUGCUUAUAUUGCAGGAAAAGGGUGUUUGAAAAAUCCUAAAUUCUCCAAUUUACGGACGGGGGGCCAAGCCCCCCUACGGACCACCCACCUAGCCAUCCUCAUGUACUUUGUGCCCCCUCAGAUUUUCGGGGUGUAUGACGCCACUGUGUGUGUGUGUAUCUAACCUAACAUAGCAAGCUAAAAGUGUAUCUAUCUCUGUCCGAGCCUGAAAGAACGGGCGCAAUGGAUUAUGGUCAUUGUAGUUCAUUACCACGUUUCUGUGCUGAACUAGGUUGAAUACUACAACUCCCUUCAGUCCAGCGUCCCACAUAGUUCUUGAUUUGAUUUCUCUCUAGAGAAACGGUGCGUUGGGCUCACAAACAAAACUAAAUGGAAUUCAAGUAAUUGAACCGACGUCAGUCAAUUAGUUAUUUAAUAACCACACAAAAAAAAUGACAUUUCGGUUAAUUGCGCAGCAGUACAGGGUUGUCAACUUUGAUGCAAUUAACCCUCUCCUCUCUUCUCUGUUUCAGAAUGUGAAGCUGUUGCCAUGUCAAUAUCCUCUCUAGAAGAGUUCUCUACGGAACCGUUCCUCCCUGGAACAUUCUCACCCUACACAGAACCCCACUCUGAGGAAUUCCUCAUCGCCAUGGGCGACAACAAUGUCACAGGGCCAAAAUGCACCUAUGACGAGGAUUUUAAGCGCUUCCUACUUCCUGCCAUCUACAGUGUGGUCUUCCUGAUUGGUCUGCCUCUGAACGGGGCAGUCAUCCUGAAGAACUGGAGGUUACGACCCAACCUGACCCGGAGCAACAUCUACAUGCUCAACCUGGCCAUGGCUGACUUCCUGUAUGUGAUGUCACUACCUCUGCUCAUCUACAACUACGGCAAUCAUGACUACUGGCCCUUUGGAGAGCUGGCCUGCAAACUGGUCCGCUUUCAGUUCUACAGGUAAUAUAGCUACUCAUUAACUGACAUAUUCAUAUCAUAGUUCUAUAUUACUUUAAAAACUUAUACUUACAGAUCUACAGGUAAUAAUGAGUCAUACACUGCAUGUUACCUUUCUGUGGAGAGAGCUUUGAGUGGAUUGUAGAGAGAAAACCCUGUCAACAUCAGUGAUAUAAUUUCUUGUUUCCACAGUAACCUGCAUGGCAGUAUUCUGUUCCUGACCUGUAUCAGCCUUCAGCGCUAUGUGGGCAUCUGCCACCCUAUGGCUGGCUGGCACAAGCAGGGGGGUCGCAGGCUGGCAUGGGUGGUCUGUGGGGGUGUGUGGCUGGUGGUCGCCCUCCUCUGUGCCCCCACUUUCUACUACGCCUCCACAGGAACACAACGCAACCGCACCGUCUGUUACGACCUGAGUCGACCGGAGCACUCGACCGACUACUACCCAUAUGGGAUGGCCCUGACCUGCCUGGGCUUCCUGUUGCCUUUUAUGGGCGUGGUGGUGUGCUACUGUCGAAUGGGUCGCCUCCUCUGCCGCCCACCGUCCUAUCAGGGUGUUAACAUGGCCGCCUCAAUGGAGAAACGGGACAAGGCGGUGAAGAUGAUAAUCAUCGUGGUGACGGUGUUCGCUGUUAGCUUCCUGCCGUUCCACCUUACUAAGACCAUGUAUCUGUUGAUACGAACAUUACCAGGUGCUCCGUGUGCGACACGGAACCUGUUCUCAGUGAUCUACAAGUGCACCAGGCCGUUCGCCAGCAUGAACAGUGUUCUAGAUCCUAUACUGUUCUACUUCACACAGCCGCGGUUCCGCAAGAGCACCAGAAUACUGGUCACCAAGAUCACCACUCUCAGAGACAGGGAACCAAGAUGUGAGAAAGUGAAAAACCUCACCUAUAACCCUAGAUUAUUUAGAACCAAUGUUUAA